UUGUAAUUCCACGUAUCACGAAAUAUCUAACGUAAUAAAGAUAACAAUAAUAUUACAAAUUUAUCAUAUACCAAAAAGAAGUGAUAAAUCUAAGUUAAAAAAAUUAAAAAAAGUAAUUACACUAACCAAUACAGUAUGAAGUGUAAGCAUUUGUGUAAAUGUGUAUCAGUUAACAAAGAAAUGUUAUGUUGAUGUGAGUACUAUCAGAGUAUGGCUAUGCGUUGUUUCUUAUAUAUAUAUAUAUAUAUAUAUAUAUUAUAACCGUUUUCACAUACAUGUAUACGUGUGGAUAUAAGAAAUAUAAACUGAACGACGCCAGCAAGCAACAGAAUAAAAGGCAACUGCAACUUAACAACACAAGAUCAAGCUUGUUCAAGUUGUUACCAGUACUUUUUUGAAUUAUUUUAUUUUAUAAAGUUAAUAUAUAAAAGAAAAUUAAUUUUAUGUAUAUUUCAAUUGAUUAUUUUUGGUUAUUUUGUGCAAUAAAUCGACAAUUUUGAAAUUAUCAAGAGUUCGUUACCCGGGGAACACAAAGAUGACUUCUGCUGCAACAGAAUUGGGAGGGAACGUUGCUGAUGAAGUAGACCAGAAUAGCUGCAAUGAACUGAAUAUUUAGGGUUUUUUUUCAACGCUAAACUUCUUUUGAGUCAUUCGCAAAAAUUAUACCGGCUAUUCCUCGAGAAUUUAUUAUAGAGAGAGUACAGAGCAGGGUAGUGCGGAAGAACGGCAACGAGUGCUUUUGCCACAGUUGCAAAGCUCCUUUGAGUGUUCUAGCUGGACAGAAGAAAGAAGGAAGCACAGCACCAAUGAAGAAGCCAAGUGGAAAAGGAAAAGCUCGUACUAAACAACCAAAAAAAGUUAAAUUUAUUACUACUGAGAUCCGGUGUCAAGAGAAAUCCAAAGGUGGAUUAUGCUAUGAAGUGAUUUUGGCUGAGCCAACAGGUGCUAAACGCGCUCCAUCACCAGGUCGUCAACAACAACAAUUAUCAUCUCAACAAUCAACAAUUGAAGAUAAAUUGAAAGCUGCUGAAGAAAGAAGACUUUCUCUAGAAGCUCAUAAAUUAGCUUCCUUAGCUGCACAAUUAAGUAAAAUAGAAGAAACUGCCCGCAAGAAGGAUGAACUUACAUCUGCUUUUAUAAUUGCUACUCGUGAAUCGCUUGAUGCGAAAAUGAAUAAUUCUGAAGAGAAACGAGAAGCCCAUAUUACUGAGCUUAAAAAUAAAUUAAAAGAGCACUUGGAAAGUGUAGAGAAAACUCGUUUAAAUCUUGAACAACAAACUCAAGAAGUACGUACUGCCGUUGAGGAAAAGCUUAAGACUGCAGCAGCUCAACGAGAUGAGAAUAUGAAAAAAAUGUUGGAUCGUCUAAAGGAACAUGAAGAACAAGUUAAUCGAGUUCGUCAAGGAAUGACAGAACGUGUUCAACAACUAGAGUCACAAAUUCAAGGAAAAUUGGAUCAAGCACGAGAACGUCGUGAAAUUAUGGAACGUGAACAAAAAGAAAAAUUACGUAAUCAUAAUACAGUGAAGAUAGCAAGAGUUCGUGAAACAGCUGAUGUUAGUGCUAUGAGGGAGCUAGAGGCAAAAAAACGUGAAAUUGAUUUGAAAGUUUCAAUCGCGGAAGAAAAUCGACAACGCGAAAUUCAACGACGUCUACAAGUCAUUCGUCAACAUGAGAGACGUGCAGAAAUGGUCAGACAAAAUAAAGCAGCCCUAACUGGACAAGAUACUAGGGGAGAUGAGAGUGCCUUAGCCAUGAAAAUCGAAACUGCCAGCUCUGGUUAAAUAAAAUAUCUACAAGAACAACAAGAAUAUUGAAACAACAGUUAUUGGGCAGACCAUAUUAUAUAAAAUGGCCAUUUCUUAACUCUGUGAUCAAGCCUAUCAACACUCAAAUUAACAACAAAAAUUUUUAACUAUUCUAGGACUGCCCAAUUACUUUUCUCUCUUGUUGCAUAUAAUAAUACAUGUGCUAUUAAUGAUUUUUUUUGUGCCUAUAACAAAUGUGCUAAGAUCAUAUGCUAUAUAAAUGGUUGGCUAUAAUUAAUAUUAAUUAACAUUGAAAAGUAAGUAAAAAAUAACAACAUUUUUUUAAAUGCACUAUGCGCAUUGGGAAAAAUAGUAUUUAAGAAAUACGUAUUCAAUGCUUAUAAUUUUUUUUUUUCUAUUCUUAUUAUACAUGUAUCGUAUAAAUCACACUAUUUAUGAUACGUUGAUAUGUCGGCUUUAAUAGUAAAUUUUAAAUCUAAAUAUUAAAAAUUCGAAUUGGCUUAUAAUGUUAUUCAUAAUAAGAAAGCUGACUAUAAUUAUUGAAAAAUUUUACUUAUUUGUGUAAUGACACAUAAUAACUUCUGUAAAUCACUUAUUUUCAAUAUAAUUAAAUACCUAGUCAUCGCUGAAAUAACUAAGAAAAAAAAAAAAACUACUCAAAAAAGUAUUUAAGCAGGAAAAAAGUGAGUGAAAUGCGAGAAAACUACUGC